UAACGCCAACGCAAUCGUGAGUGUGUGAGUGCGUGCGUCGCUUUUCUCGCAGACACUCUUGUUUGCCGUCAACUGGUACCGACAGUCGUGCCCCAACACUCGACACCAGCAGACGUGUGUAGACGCGUGCACCCGCCAAGAGGCCAAUCGCCAAUCACCAAGCAGCCAAGUGUAUCUCGCGCUCCCUCAUCCUCGUCGCUCGAACGCAACUCCUUUCCACCAACCUCCAGUAUCAAGAGUUAGUCGCCGGUAGGCCACCCACAACCAUAUACGCUUGCUGUUCAACUUGUUGCCAAUAUGUAUCCAGCCGCCGCUGUCCACCGUAAUGUUAAGUUGGGCGCCCAGGUGCUGCUCAGUUCACGGGCGCUCAACUCUCCGCGCCGCCAACAGCGCAGCACAGCUAGUGCAGAGCGUGCCCAAAGCAUAAGCGAGACGGACAAGUUUCUGCAUUAUAAUGCCGAAGACGGAUACUACAAGACCUCACCGUUUGAGCCCAUAACCGUGCCAAAUGUACCGCUGCAUCAGUAUGUGUGGCGGGACUUCAAGAAGUGGGAGAAGAAAACGGCUGCGGUCUGUGUGGUGUCAGAUCGUCAGUACACCUACGCCCAAUUACGCGACGCCAGCGCCGCCUUAGCCGUACGCCUACAGACCAAGUUCAAGCUCUUCAAGCCCGAUGUCAUCGCCAUAUGUAUGCCCAAUCUGCCAGAAUAUCCGAUUGCCGCCUUGGGCGCCAUCGAGGCCGCCCUGACAGUGACCACGGUCAACCCGGUCUAUACGCCUGAUGAGAUUGCUCGCCAGUUGACCUUCAGCGAUGCAAAGCUAAUUAUUGGCACCGUCCAGGGGUAUGCGACACUGCGCGAGGCUUGCCAACUGGCUAAGAAAGAUCUGCCCAUCGUCGUGGUGCGAACCAGCAACGACCAGGCUUUGCCCCCCGGGGCCGUCGACUUUGCCGAGCUGAUUCGCACUGAAGAUGUGCGUUACGAUGAGCUGCGCUCACCUUCUGACGCCAGUGCCGAUGAUAUUGUCUUUCUGCCCUUCUCCUCGGGCACUACGGGCCUGCCCAAGGGCGUGGUGCUCUCGCACAACAACAUCACCAGCAACUGCGAGCAGAUCCAUGGCGGACUGACCAUCAAUACGCUGGAGUUCCAGGACACGCUGCCCGGCGUACUGCCCUUCUUCCACAUCUACGGCCUGACCGUGGUCAUGCUCUCGAAGCUAGGGCUCGGCUGCCGUCUGGCCACCAUGCCGGCCUUCAAGCCGGAUGAAUUCAUCAAGUCCCUGGACUUCUACAAGGGCAGCGUCCUCAAUAUAGUACCCCCCAUUGUGCUCUUCAUGAUCAACCAUCCAAAGCUGACGCAGGAAAUCGCCCCCAAUCUGCGCGCAGUCAUGACGGGUGCCGCUCCCAUUGGACAGCACGACGUGGAGCGUUUUCUGAAGAAAUUCCCCAAGGCGCGCUUCAUGCAGGGCUACGGCAUGACCGAGGCCUCGCCAGUGGUGCUCCUCACACCCGAGGGCAACACCCGGUACGCGUCGACGGGCGUGCUGCCGCCGAAUACCGAGUCCAAGAUUGUGCCACUCGACGGUGACAAUGUUAAGGGCUUGGGCCCACGUACCACCGGUGAGCUGUGUGUGCGCGGUCCUCAGGUCAUGUCUGGCUACCUCAACAACGAGGAGGCCAAUAAGGUCACCUUCUAUCCGGGCAACUGGUUGCGCACCGGCGAUGUGGCCUUCUACGAUGAGGAGGGCUUCUUCUACAUCACAGAUCGCAUGAAGGAACUGAUCAAAGUCAAGGGCUUCCAGGUGCCACCCGCCGAACUAGAGGCUGUGCUGCGUGACCAUCCGAAAAUACUCGAGGCUGCCGUCUUUGGCAUUCCCCAUGAGGUGAAUGGCGAAGCGCCGCGAGCCAUUGUCGUGUUGCGCCCAAACGAAGGGGCCACCGCCGAGGAAAUUGCCGAGUACGUGGCCGGGCGAGUGGCGCACUACAAGAAGCUCGAGGGCGGCGUCAUCUUCGUCGAUGAGGUCCCCAAGAAUCCCACGGGCAAGAUAUUGCGGAAGGAUCUGAAGGCGAAGUUUUCCAGCUAAAAGGCGUCGACCCUGACUGAGAAUUCCUCAAUAUAGUAAACAUUAUUGUUUUUGUUUUUUUUUUUUAUCACAGCAAUCGCAGCGCGUAGUUUUAGGUUAGGUUAUACUUGCCGCGCUUCCAUCCAGAGAAACUGAGCUCCAUUAGCCAGUCUUUGAAUAGUAAUGAGGCGGCAAGAAAUUCUCCAUAGCUUAUAAGAGUAGCCGAUACGUUCAACUCGUAGUCUAAGUUAUGCACAUAAUAAUAUAUAUAUAUAUACAUUACAUACGUACUCUACAUGUUUACCGAUAUUGAAUGAAUCCCGCAAAUGCAUACGGAUGGAUCUAUAUUUUAAAAGACAGAUCCCGGGAUCCAGUCUCCUACGUAUUGUAGUAGGCCACUAAUUGUUUCUAUGGUUUAUAUUGUACUAUAUAUUGUGAAUAUGUGACGAUUGAUGUUUUAAAAUAAAGAUACUUUUGACAAGAUUAAA